AUGAAUAAAUUCUCAUUAAAAUUUAAAGAUAAGGAUUUAGAAUCACUAUAUCAAUCAUUCUUGUUAGAGAAAAUAUAGUACCCAGUAUUUAUGGUUUUAGGAAUUUUUUCUAUAGUUAUACUAGGAAUCAAGAAUAUUGAUGGCUUGAUAAAUAAUAAUCAGAGCCAAUUUACACUUAAAAUAGUCGGAUUUUGCGUAUUUCUUGUAGUCAGCAUCAUUAGCUUUUGCUAUAAAAAAUUUACUAGAAUUGGUUUUUAUGUUAUCAACCAUUUCUUAAUGUUAUACUAAAUUAACUAAAGAGAGAAUGUUGUGUAACAUACGUAUCUUUUUGGUUAAAACUAAAUGUUUGUACAUUCAGUAGUAAUGUUAGUGAGUGAUUUUCCUGAUGGAAUACUUACAAACUUCACUUGGACGGUUAUUAGAAUGACAAUCGCGAAUACAUUAGAUACAAAUCUGGACUAUCAAGAUCAAAUAUACUCAAUUGCAGUAUUCUUUUGUCUUUGUCUUUGUAUAUACAUCAAAAAUGUGCAUUUAAGAAAGGCAUAUAUGUUCUCAAUUAGAGACAGUUCAUGGGAGGUUUUGUUACCAUAACUUAUAUCCAAGCCAACAUUCAUAUUCACAUGCAAUGAAGAGAAAUAGCAAUUUUAGAUUUCAAGAAUGAUUCAGAUGCACUUUCUGAUGAAUAUAGAGAAUCCCUUAUUGCACUUCUUAAGAAACACUAGAUUAGGCAAUAAGACAUUAGAAUAAUAUAUAUGGGACAAGGCUAAAUAAAGGUAAAAUACUUCAAUCAGGUAUACGAUCGAAAAACUCAGUGUUCAUUAUAACAAGAAAUAAUAACAAAUUACAUUCUCUGAGUGCCUUUUAGACACAGUCACAUUUAUACUUGUGAUAGACUCAGAAGAUAAAGGAUUCAUUGAAUUACGAAAGAAGCAGUAAAGCAUUUAGGAACAACAUACAAAUCAAAUACUGAAGGUCUUUAAGAGUCAAUAAAAUAUUCUUAGGAAAGGGUUGAAAGAGAAGAGUUUUGAUUUAUUUUUUGACUUAAACAUUGCAAUGAUGCUAAUUGAAUAAGACCUGCUUGAAAUUAGUGAAUUUAACAAAUUUGCUCGAUCAUAUAAUAAAAUAAUUUUAGUAAACUUAGAGAUCUGA